CCGGAGAGGGAGGGUUGGCCGGCCAGGUGGGCGCGAACCGAUCCUCGGCGGGCGGGCGGGCGAGCGGCCGGAGCGGAGCGGGGCCGUGGGCCGCGCCGGGUGGGCGGGCAGGGCCGCGGCAGCUGCAGCCCGGAGGCGAGCCUUCCGAGCGGGAGCCGCCCAGCCCGCGCUGUCGCUCUUGGCGGGCCAAGGAGAGGCAGCAGCAUGGCCAGCGUGCUGUCCCGGCGUCUAGGCAAGCGUUCCCUCCUGGGAGCACGGGUGUUGGGACCCAGUGCCUCGGAUGGGCCGUCUGGGGCAGGCCUGCCCUCGGAGUUGCAGGGGGAGCUCCUGGAGGGAGCUGCUGCUCAGCCCUUCCUGGCCACAAAGGAUGCUUCCUGCCAGGAGCAGCCCAAGGACGUCCUCAAGGCCUCUUGCAGCUCUGGAGCUGCUCCCUUGCAGCAGAUGGUCUUUCAGCCUGGGCAGAAGGUUUCUGUGUGGUACGGGGGUCAGGAGUGCCCAGCGCUGGUGGAGCAGCACAGCUGGGCAGAGGACAAGGUGACAGUGUGGCUGCUCGACCAGAAGGCCCAGAUCUAUUGCAAGGCGGAAGAAGUGUGGCUGGCGGAACUGCAGGGCCCCGUGCCCCACGCACCUCCCUUGGAACCCAAAGCCCAGGCUGCCGCCUACAGGCCUGUUUCCAGGAACAUCGAUGUACCCAAGAGGAAGUCGGACGCGAUGGAGAUGGACGAGAUGAUGGCGGCCAUGGUGCUGACCUCCCUGUCCUGCAGCCCAGCAGUGCAGAGCCCCCCGGGGGCUGAGACCAAUUUUGCAGUGUCCCGUGCAGCCUGCGACCUGUGGAAGGAGAGCGGAGACGUGUCAGACAGUGGCAGCAGCACCACCAGUGGGCACUGGAGUGGGGGCAGUGGCAUCUCCACCCCUUCGCCUCCUCACCCUCAGGCAAGCCCCAAGUACCUGGGAGAUGCCUUCGGCUCCCCGCAAACCGAUCACGGCUUUGAGACCGAUUCCGACCCUUUCCUGCUGGAUGAACCUGCUCCGCGCAAAAGAAAGAACUCCGUGAAGGUCAUGUACAAGUGCCUGUGGCCCAACUGUGGCAAGGUUCUGCGCUCCAUCGUGGGCAUCAAGCGACAUGUCAAAGCCCUCCACCUGGGGGACACCGUGGACUCGGACCAGUUCAAGCGGGAAGAAGAUUUCUACUACACAGAGGUGCAGGUGAAGGAAGAAUCGGCUGCUGCCACUGCAGCUGGCCCCCCUGCCCCUGGCACUGCCACUGUCGACCCGGCCCCCACCCCCACCGUGACCAGCUCAGCCCUUGCCGUUCUGCCGCCACCUCCACCCAAAGUCCAGUCCUGCCGCCUGGAACACCCUGGCCUGGAGACUUCCCUGCCCUCAGGUGCACUCAGCAAGUCAGCUCCAGGCUCCUUCUGGCACAUCCAGGCUGACCAUGCAUAUCAGGCUCUGCCGUCCUUCCAGAUCCCAGUCUCCCCCCACAUCUACACCAGCAUCAGCUGGGCCGCGGCCCCUUCUACCACCUCCUCCUUUUCUCCGGUCCGGAGCCGAUCGCUGAGCUUCAGCGAGCCACAGCAGCCACCACCCGCGGCAAAAUCUCAUCUGAUUGUCACAUCUCCGCCUCGAGCCCAGAGCAGCACCAGGAAAGCCCGUGGGGAGGCCAAGAAGUGCCGCAAGGUGUACGGCAUCGAGCACCGGGACCAGUGGUGCACGGCCUGCCGGUGGAAGAAAGCCUGCCAACGCUUCCUGGACUGAGCCUGGCCACAGCGUGUCCCAUGUCCCCACUUCUCCCCGGCCCAGGCCCAUCCCCCAACCCCCACGAGAGGCGCCCCCUGUAUCUCAAGCCCAAAGCAGCAAGCGCCCCGUAAGACACAGUGUAAAUGUGGACUGGAGGACCUUUUUUGGCUAAGCUGUAAUGCUGAAAACACUGUCUCCCUGCCAUGUGGGAACAUUCUAUUUUUUUAAAAACAAAAAAAGAAAGGAAAAUAUUUUUUUUCCCCUCUUGAGUAGGAGAGAGCCAAACUGACCAAGGGCGUUCUCGGCAAACCAGAGACCAAAGAAUUCCUUGCCCUUCUGUCCCUCGGCCCCUGCCCCUCAGGGGACUGCGCCUGCGCGUCUCAGAGGAACCAGCCAGUGGCUUUUUUGUUUCCUGCUUGGUGGAGUGCAUUCUUGUCUUUCUCAACUCUUCCAGAAAGGACUGUGAGCAAGAUGAACUUACUUUCCUUAGGCAAAAACACAUGGCGUUGUGGCUGAUGGACAAUCCAGAGAGCGUGGGGUGCGAGUGGGUGCUUCCCGGGUCCUUCUCGGGGAGGGGUGGUGAGUGGGCAGCCGUAUCCUUCCUCCACGCUUGGAGCAGCUUCCAAGGAGGGAGCAGGGAGGACCCUCUUUUUUUGGCGACAGCUGGAUUCCGUCCCAGUAGUCAUAGGCCUGCUUCUUAAAGCCCAGGCGAAUAGUGUUUUUGAAGACUGUCCCUGCACCAGGUCCCUGAGCCAAAAGGCUGGGAAGAAUUCAUUUCCUGAGACAUGGCCAGUUCAGCACUAUCUGACCCUUCUCCUUUGCCAUGAGGAGAUCCUGGAGGGAUUGUAGGUGGGUGACAACUCUUCUCUGACCGGAUUCAGCCCCCACUCCCCCUAAGCCUCAGGACUGGCCCUCAUCCCUCCCAAGUCUGUGGAA